CAGCAAUCCACCACAGCGAGACUUGGGGGCUGCUGCUCGAGAGUGGGGAGAGUCCCGUUAGUGUCGGCGCCAGGCGGAGGGGCACGGGGGACUUGAGGGAAAAGAAACUCGGUCACUUUCCCUCCUUCCUCCACUCCCGAGCUCAACUGUGGAAAAAUAUGGGAGACGACAGGCCGUUUGUGUGCAGUGCCCCCGGCUGUGGACAGCGAUUUACCAAUGAAGACCACCUGGCUGUUCAUAAACUCAAGCAUGAGAUGACAUUGAAAUUUGGUCCUUCCAGAACAGAUUCAGUCAUCAUAGCAGAUCAAACCCCAACACCAACACGUUUUCUUAAGAAUUGUGAGGAAGUUGGUCUCUUCAACGAGUUGGCAAGCUCAUUUGAACAUGAAUUCAAGAAAGCCUCAGAAGAUGAUGAGAAAAAGUGUUCUGGACCUCUAGAUAUGUCUCUUCCCUCUACCCCAGACAUCAAAAUCAAAGAGGAAGAGCCUGUCGAAGUUGAUUCUUCUCCUCCAGACAGCCCCAUAGGGAGCCCACAGUCACCACAGGCUAAGGAGAAGGAGAAUGCUUCAAAGCCUAUUAUCAUUUCUACGCCUACACCAACUAUUGUACGUCCUGGAUCUCUGCCACUGCACUUGGGAUAUGACCCCUUGCAUCCAACUCUCCCUUCUCCAACCUCAGUCAUCACCCAGGCUCCACCUUCCAACAGACAGCUCGGGUCGCCUACCAGUUCUCUACCACUUGUCAUGCACCUUGUGAAUGGACAGACUAUGCCUGUCCUUCCUGGCCCACCCGUUCAGAUGCCUUCUGUCAUAUCGCUGGCAAGGCCAAUGCCCAUGGUGCCAAACAUUCCUGGUAUUCCUGGUCCCCCGGUUAUCAGCAGCGGCUCAAUUUCACCAUCAGGCUUUCCAGGACACUCUGAAGCUAAAAUGAGGCUAAAAGCCAGCCUGACACAAGGAGUUACUUCCUCACUGAACGGCAGCAGCAUGAUGGUGGGAUCAGCGAGCACAAUGGUGACUUCCCAUCCUGAACAGGGUCAGAUACUUAUCCAGCACCCUGAUGCGCCUUCUCCAGCCCAGCCCCAGGUUUCCCCAGCUCAACCCACCCCAAGUACAGGUGGCCGACGGAGACGCACAGCAGAUGAAGAUCCAGAUGAACGUAGGCAACGCUUCUUGGAGCGGAACCGCGCUGCUGCCUCCCGCUGCCGCCAGAAACGCAAGCUCUGGGUAUCGUCUUUGGAAAAGAAGGCGGAAGAGCUCACCACACAGAACAUCCAACUAAGUAACGAAGUUACAUUAUUAAGGAAUGAAGUUGCGCAACUCAAACAACUAUUGUUGGCUCACAAGGACUGCCCUGUCACUGCAUUACAGAAGAAAACACAAGGUUAUCUUGAAAGCCCCAAAGAGAGUUCUGAGCCCACCGGUUCUCCAGCUCCUGUCAUCCAGCACAGUUCGGUGACUGCAUCUCCCAAUGGGCUGAACGUUCGCUCUGCAGCUGAAGCCGUUGCCACUUCAGUCCUCACUCAGAUGGCCAACCAAAGGACAGAACUGAACGUGCCCAUACAGUCGCAUGUCAUUAUGGCGCCACAGUCCCAGUCUGCUGGCAGAUGAUGUCGCCAGUUGCAUGGCAUAGAACUAACCAAUGAACUGCAGCCAGAGAGACUGAUCAUAACUAAGCCCCUUGUUCAAAAUGGGGUGGAUACAGUUUUUGUUUUGUUCAUUUGUUUUAUUCUUUUGAUUUCUUAAAAAAUGAGUGAAGGGCAGCUAUGGAGCUUCUAAAUAUAUCCCACAUAGAUCCUGGCCUCAAACAUCUGUCAUAGGGCCAUCGUCUUUCCAAAGGGUGGCUUUGGAAUAAGUCAUUUUGCCACACUUUAGAGACCAUCUGUCAUCCUAUCUAGAAUCGACCAUUUGGAUAGCCUUAUACAGUGUGAUCUUAAAUGGUUAAAGUUCAGGUAUACAUUGUGCUAACACUAAGCCUUCCUUAGUUUGGUUACUCAUGGUGCUUCCUUGUCUUGUCUACUGUAGCAAGAGAAAGCAGUUCUUGGGAGGAGCUGUGAUGUUUUGCUGGUGCUGGCCAUUUUUUGUGGAAAACUUUAGCAUCCCAACUGUUUUUGUAGCGUAUCCAUCAACAUGAUACCUGAUCUUCCAUUCUACACUUUCACACAGGAUUCCAGCUCAUGGCUCUGAAGGUGGUAAGCUCCAUAAUUUUGUCAGUUUGAACUGUUCAAAUUGUUUUGUGAAGAAAGUAAGAAACCUCACUCUUAGCUGCUGCAACUGAUGGGUGAUUUUGCUGUUCUGGAAGAGAAAAUGGCAGGCUUGUUGUAUACAUUGUAGAUCACAUAAUUUGUACUUUGCGUAUGAUCAGGGAUACAUUUUUGGUCAUGUUGUUACCUAAUACAGAUUUUAAUUUCUGUAGUUCGAGAGGAAGCCAUCAAAACACAAUGGAAAUUCUUUGGUUUGUAAGUUACCAGGUGGGAAAUGCUAAGGUAUAUUUCAAUAAUGAGAAGGAAGAACAUUCACAAGGGCAUCUCUUACUGGGUCUAGAAAAAAAAAUAGAAUGAUUUAAGCCAGUGUUUCUCAAUCUUGGCAACUUUAAAAUGUCUGGACUUCUAGGCUGACUAGGGAAUUCUGGGAGUUCAAGUCCAGACAGCUUAAAGUUGCUAAGGUUGAGAAACUCUGAUUUAUACCUUUGGAAUCUGAGUAGUUGCAGAAUCAUAAGCAUUACAGUAGCAGGUUCAAAGCUACAAGCUGCAGGAUGUAGCUAAACAACUCCUAUAUUGUUUGGGGACAAUGUAGGAGUUAGCUCAAUGGCAAGGAAACAAGAAAAUGUAUCUCUGUUUGCAAAUGCAAAAGAUUCAAUACUCUUAUAAGAGAUGUUCAUUUCAAAAGCUAAGCUGACAUGUUUAACCCAGUGAACCUUUCAAGAUUGUGGCCUUAAAUCAUGGAUUGUUUCAAAGACAAAAGGAUUCCAAAUGGCGUCCCUCUUACCUUUUUUUUUUUUUUUUUGGUCAGGUUUUCCAUCCCAUUUCUCCUUCAGAUGAUGUCACCUAUUGCCUUUUCCCAUCUGUCUCUUCCAAAAUAAAUACCGAGUUUCUUGCACAUUGCUAUCAUAGGGUAGACUGAAAACAAAAAAGAAGAAUCUCUUGCCUUUUCUUCUGCUUCUUGUCAAAGUGUGUGCGUGUGUAUCUUGAACUGACCUUGACCUCUUGCUAGUUGGCCAAUUUUAGCUUGAAUCACAACCAGAGGAAAAGGUGCAGUAGGGUAGUUAGAGAGUAGCUAUCAUGAGCUUCCAACUUGCCAAAUCGCCAACUCUUCCACUAUUUUGUCUUCCUAAUUAUGUUUUUUUUUUAGCUGCCAGUCAAUACAAAGAUUUUUAUUAUUCCUCAGUUUCCACUCACUAGAAAGCACACAUAUGAUACACACACAAAUGCACAUGUCUAUGUAUAUAUGUGUAAAUGUAUAUGUGGCAUGCUAAACUUAAUGCAGGUUUUCUAUUAUUGCUGUUGCUACUGUCACAAUCAAUCCAGCUUCUCAGGACCUUAAUGUCGCAUGCUCUCUGUUUCCUUGCCUGAAUAUGAUGCUGUUCUUCUUGUUCUGUUCUUCUGUGACGUGGUGUUUAAUUUUAAUCUCUCCUAGGUUCCUUUUCCUUUCUCCUUUGUUUAAAAGAAGCAAAAUGUGUUUUGAAUGUCUGCAGACUUCCUUUUAACAAGCAUUUCAGACAUAGUGUCACUUGUCUUCCUCCCCACCUGCCCCCCCUUUUUCCUUGCUUCCUUGAUAUGCUAAAAAUGCAAGCUGGCAAAGGCUUUGAAACAUAACUUGUCCCAACAGGGUAUCUGUUUCCUUAGUGACAGCUCCAAUAACAGUGCACAGUAGGUGUAGCCAGGAUCUUCUCAGGUUAAUAGGAUAAGAAAUGAGCUUGCCGGGCAAGUGGUAUAGGACAAGGUAUUUUAGUUUUUUUUUAAUUUAUAUUUUUGUACCUUUCAAAACAAAACUGCUGCAUUCUUUCAUUUUUUAAAAAAAAUCAGAAUUCUGCUUGCUGUUGAAUGAAUGCAAUGCAGGUCCAGAGAAAGGACUGUAAAAUUUUGGUUUUUCAUAUUUUCCAUUGAAAAAUAGGGGCUCACAAUAGCAUUGAAUUUGCUGUCUGAACUGGUGCCUAGAUUCUCGUUGACAACUAGUGUUUUGUUAUGAGAAAGAACAAAUGAAGCUGUCAAUUGUGCUAUUGGCCAACCUUUUGGGGGAAUGGUAAGAAACUUGGAAAGGGAGAAUGAAUAUACCAAGAUUUGCAAGUGAGCAACAGGCAGAGACUUGCCAAAUACAGAUUAAAUUAUGGGUGGAUUUCUUACCAUAGUUCAAAAUGACACCCAAAGAUAGGUAUGGCCAGCACUGUCCUUUCUCAGUGGAUGUACAGUUCUCUCCAAGAGUUGUACAACUGAGACAGAACAUGAUUCAGUAAACCCUAAUAAUUCAGCACAAACUGGGUAGAGCAGCUGUGGCUUAAGAAUAAUCCCCAAAUAUCUAACUUAAAGAAGGCUUUCUUUAUUUGGGGCCGUGUGAUAGAAACUCCAAAUCUUUCUCUUAGACGGGAACCUUGUUUUAGAGCAACCGGCAAUUGAACCUGGAACUUUCUAUAUGAAAAUCAGUUGGUCUUUAAUACAAUAUAAUCUCUUUUCUAGUUGGAUAUGAGGCUGCUUCAGUUAUCUUUAGGGAGGGGUGUAGUGCACUCGCCCUCAACUUGCCACUGUCUGGAAAUGCUGGAUGCAGUCAGGAGUAUAACUCUCAUUGUAACGGACAAAGGAGAAUAUUUGUCGCUCAGGGUUGAAAUGAGGGAUCCUUGGUGCUCUCUGAACUUGAUUGUUUUCUUGCAAGAGAGCACCAAGUAUCCCUUGGCUGGAAGGAUGGGAUUUAUGCUCCAUCACAUUUGAAUAUGCCACGCUGAGGAAGGCUGAUCAUUAUUAAAGAUCUUGUGAAGUUGGGGUGGCCUUCCCUCUGCGCCAUGCAUGGGUUCAUGGUCUGUGCUGUUAUUCAGUUAUUGUCACUCAGCCUGGUUCACUUAAUGCUGUUGCAGAGGGGACUAUGUUGAAUCUUCCGUCAACGUGUGGUUUGCACUCAGGCUCUGAGACAGCAAGAACAAGUGUAGGGAAGUAACACUCCAAGUAGGAGGACUUGUGGAAAGUCAUAAGAUCUGAUUGGAUGGGUCUGGUAGAGCGCACAAGCUGCUUUCUAUGGGGGACAUCAUGCUGUGGUUCAAAAUCAGGGAGUAAAAUAUAAAAAAAGCUUUCGUAAAAAGCAUCUCAUUCUGUUAGCCUACCCUAAAAGAAUAUGACUGCAGCCUGGCUCCAGGAGUUUCCUGCCUCAGUGCUGCAGUACUUCAGGAUAAGAAGGGAGUGUAGCACACAAAAGCAUGGGGACAUUUUAAUGUACUCCUGCUCCAACUUUGGAUAAACUCCACACUUGUUAAAUUAAGCCAAUCAGCUACCCAGAGUCUCCUCAUGACGAGAUGGGUGGCAAAUAAAUUUAAUAAAUAAAUAAAUAGAUUAAAGUAUCAUGCUGUUAAAGAUAGAGAAAUAUUUGAGGGGGGGGGGGCUCAAUAAAAUUAGAAACCACAUCCACCUGUCUAUUGGACUCUGCUGUAUCCUCAACUAAAAAAUGCCCAGCCUAGUUGAAGUAUAGAGCCUGUGAACAGAAUGAAAUAAUCUUACCAUUAUUUCUCAACUAAAAAAUGCCCAGCCUAGUUGAAGUAUAGAGCCUGUGAACAGAAUGAAAUAAUCUUACCAUUAUUUUAAAAAUGUAUUUGAAGGAAAUAAUUUCUCUUAUAGCAUUUUAAAAUUAAACUCUGCUUUGCUCUCCCCCUUUCCAUUUACUUGCAUCUGGAUUGUUAUGAUUCCCUUAGUAUGAUCCUGUGUUCCUAGCAGUCGUUAAAAACAAAGCAACAUUUGCACUUUGCUUCAGUUCCUGCUAUUCAGUACUUGCCAGGUUAGAAGAGCUCUGGAGCUACGAAAUGCUGGGUUUAUAAGUAACCUCUGCUACAUGGAAUCACAGUAAAAGGUGGCUCUUAUAAGGCCACAGAGCUACGUGAAGAAUUGGUUAAACUGUGAUCAGUCCUGCUCUAAAUGUAGCUGACACACUGGUUGUCAGAAAGCUCUCCUAAACAUAUUAUAACUCAUAAUAAAUCAGUAGUUGGGUUUGUAGCAAGGAUCGCUAUAGCCGACUUCAGAGGAUGGCCAGAACAUAAGCUGUUGUCCCAAAAGAAUUCCUUUCGAGUAAGCAAAGAAUUUUUGAGGUUGAGAACAGGGUAAAAGUUACUUUGUCAAGUUACUUUUCUAGCUCAGAGAAGACUACCACGCUAGCCAUGCAUGAUAUGCUAAGGCUGAUCUACAUAUUCUACAGCAAGGAGUCUCAUUUUAUUUCACCUUAUUUUCUGAUUGUACCAAGGAAGUGUGUUCUGGGCUUACACCCAUAUUUAUAAGAAAUUACUAUUCUAAGUGUGUACCCUUUCAACCUGCCAAUUGACCAGUGGCCCUUGUCUGUCACUGAAACUUUUUAACAAAAUUCUAUGCCUGUAGCAAAGGAAGCAAUCUGGGAAACUGUAUGUAUAGUUUAAUAUAGCCAUCUGUACUACUGCAGUAUUUUAUGUGCAAAAAGCAUCUUCUACAAGAGGGAGAAACAGCAUAAUCUUCCAUAAGUAGUACAUUCCCAGAACAUGUGAAUCUGUCUCUGGUAAUUAAAUGUCAGCGUUUAAAUAAGCUUCACGAGGAAGCUGGCUGUAUAAGCUUCCUUAUAUAGCAGUUUUUACAAACGGCAGUGCCUGGGCUGGAAGGAUUCGUAUCAAGGAUCUUGUGCAAGUUCCAUCAAAUCAUGAGUAGAUUUGUUUUACAUACUCCCUGCUCUCAUCUUCAGCAAAUUGCAAACAGCUUUCAAAACGUUUCAUUUGUCUACUCGCGGCAAAGUUGAAGUGAUUUUUCAUACGUUCUUCUGAUUUCAUGGAACUACAGUAGUUCUUAUGUAGAUGGCCUUUACCUCUGAACAGUUUCGUCUAUCACUCUUAAGAGAUAUUGAGGUUUUGUAGAAUCAAGAAACACCCUUUUGUUGGAUAUGCUCAGAUAUUUAUCUUACCUUUUUUGUUUUUUCCCUUUUGAAUCUUAACAGUAAUAAUAGUAAAACAAACACCUUAUUCUGGUAAACGCCUCUAAUAGAAAUAUGGUACCACUAGUUGCUGCUUAGAGAAAUAUUGCGGUGUAUCCCAGCUCCUUGGGGGAAAAUGCAAUAUCCCAUUCUAGUUCUAUUGGUUUAGAUUGCCCUUCUCUAUGAGAAAUAAUGUUUUACUCAUAGUAGGGCACUCUUUCACAUAUUAGGCUAAGCAAAAAGUUACAUCAUGAUUCGUAUUUAUCUGAGCCAGGCCUAUGUCUGUUUCAGUGUAACAGUGUGCCUUUCAGCACACCAGUCCUAGACAGUGGUGCUUCAACUGGUAACUCAAAAUCUGUAAGGAUUUGGUGCAAAGAACAUUAUGGCAGCCAUACUUUCCUUAUAAUUGUCAGGAUUGUGUAGGACAGGGCUUUUCAACCGGUGGUACCGUACCACUUGUGGUACAUUAACGAGUGGCAGGUGGUACACAGCCCUGCUAGCCAAGUGUAGUGGGGGAGGGAAAGAGCCAGCGCAGGCAAGGACUUAUU